AGAGCCCGGCUGCUGUCCCGCCCUGCCUCGGCAGUUCAGGCACGAGCAAGAGCCACAUCAGACUAAUUGGAUCCCAGUUUACCGCAAACAAAGAGAAGGCAGGUGACAUUUACCUAGCGGGGUAAUUGAUAUCCGAGUAAUUUGCUGGAGUAACCUCAUUACACGCCAGCUGGAUUCCCACACCCUCCCAAUCCCACUCAUUACAAACAAGGUUUGUGUGUUAAUCAGAGCGCUUUAAUCACGCUGCUGCCCACCAUCCCUCCGGCAAGUUACAAAGCCACCAAAUUUAUCACAGCCUCUAAACACUCUCCCAGGAAUCGCUGGGGAUUUUAGAGCAGGCAGCGCUGCUCCUCGGGAAAACACCGGAUCCUUGUCCCUGAAGCGAUGCACAGGGCAGAGCCGGCUCGCCUCCCUUCCCGCAGGCAUCCCUCCAUCCCCGGCCCGGCUGAUCGCCUCCGCCUCCUCCUCCCCAGAGCAGGCAGGAGCUGUUCCCUCGCCAGACACGCGGCUCCAGUCACAACAGGAGCCGGGAGCCGCCGGAGCCUCCCCCGCGGGGAGCGCGGCCCCACGAACGGCACGGAGCCCCACGAACGGGACCGAGCCCCGGGCAGCACGGAGCUCUCGGGGCUCAGCCCCACGAACCGAGCCCCGGGCAGCACGGAGCUCUCGCAGCUCUCGGGGCUCAGCCCCACGAACCGAGCCCCGGGCGGCACGGAGCUCUCGGGACUCUCGGGGCUCUCAGCCCCACGAACCGAGCCCCGGGCGGCACGGAGCUCUCGCAGCUCUCGGGGCUCUCAGCCCCACGAACCGAGCCCCGGCUCCGCGCUGCAGCUGCGGGCAGCACGGAGCGGCUGCUCCGCGGGCACGGCGUGCCAGGCAGGCGGUCCAAGCAAAGCAGGAGAAAGCGUGUUCCUAAGGAAACGUCCUGCACCGAGCCCCCGAGGUGGGAACGGGCCCAGAAUCGAUCACGGGCCGCUUCCACAGCCUUGGCUCGUGUUUUUAAAGCUGAUCCGGCUGCCGGGGUGGGGACAAGGCGCUCCCAGCGUGUCCCCACGGAUGGACCCCCCAGCGCAUCUGUGGGUGGCACCCCCGAGAGCAGGAACCCCCUGCACCUCUGCUCUGCCCCCUCCGCCUCCAGCCGCAGCUCUGCUCAGCAGCGAUGGCUCCUUGGCCACCAAAAUUCCACCCCCAGCGGCCCAAGAGGGCGAGGGAGCACCUUCCAGCCCCCAGCAGCAGAGAUCUGCUGCCCCCCGGCUUUGCUCCUUGCUUCGGGCUGAGCCCUGCACAGGCUGCUCCAUCACCCUAACGACACAGCUCAUAAUCAUCUCAUUUGCUAUUAAUUUGCUUGUCAAGAGAAAUUCCACUCAUUUGCUUUUAAUUAAUGGGGCCUUAAAGCCGGGGGGGGGCUGGGCUGGCGGGGCUCUGGUGAGAGGAUCAGGGAGGAUCAAACACCAACAACGGCAGGAGCAGUUGGGGGGAGAACUAUUUAUAGGACAAAAGGAAGGGCAAAAUAAAAAAAUAAGGACAAAAGGACAAAAAAAAAAUUAAAAAAAGGAACCAAAAGCCCUGCAAGGGAGCCAUGACGUUCCCCAGCUCCCUCUGCACACCCGGGCCCUGCCCAGCAGCCACCACAUCCAAGAGGCCUCAGCUGCCACGGGAGGGAGGAGCAGCGCUAAAAACGCCCAUUUAGAGCCCGAAGGUGGGGAACGUUCCGAGAUCCAGGGGCCACAGCUGCCCCACAAACACCAAAGGCUCCGGGAACGGGGGCAGGGAGGGGCUCAGCUGCCGGCCCAGCUCCACGCCCAGCGACAGCACCCAGACCUGGUUUGGGGAAGCAGGAGGGAAACAGCCCCUCCUGAACCCAGCCAGCCAAGCCGAAGGGAAGAGGAACGAGACGGGGGCAGGGAGGGGGGAAAUCCCAGCGAGACACGUCCCCCGUCCUCGGCAGGAGCGUCCCAAAAUACAAACCCUGAGUCACCAGAGCUCAGACUGCACAGGCAGCACCUACACUGCCACCAGCUCCAGACACGGAGGUGGGAGCUCAUCCCACCCAGCCUCAGGCACCUGGCACGGAGCUGCUCAGCCAGACCUCCCGAGAGCCCACAGAACAGACUCGCAGCCUAAAGCAGCUCCUCUGCCUCCACGGCACCGAGACAAACAGGGCAGGAGCAGGGAUCCUCCUUCCUGCUCUCCAGGUGCCCAAAUACAACAGGGGGAGCAGCUCCAGAGAACCUGCGGCAGAGCCGUUCAGCCCCGGGAGUCAGGAACCCAACCCCAAAGCAGCUCUGGCCCAGUUUGUCACCAGGAGCCCUCCCUGGGCAGCCACAACCCUGCCCCAGCCCCGCAGCUCAUUCCCCAGCAGCACAGGGGGUGACCAAGCCCUGAGACUCCUCCAGAGACUCCCAGCCAGUGCCAGGGGGAAAUGGUGAGAGAAAACCCUCCUGGUGACAACGGGAGGAUUUACAACCAGUCAGCAAUAACUGUUCUCUGAUUCCCAGCAACUUCACACCCAGAAAAGCCAAUUUCCAGCAAACAGAGAGUUAAAGAGACAAGCCAUGGAUGAGUUUUUCUCCAAGGACACUCAAGCUCCAGUCUCUGAGUUUCUGUUAAGAGGUUUCAAGCAUUACAAAGCGAUUUUCCCUUCCCAGGGUUAUAAACCAAUUAGAUAAAGACCAAGUUAAUCCCUUAUUGUGUCCAAAGAGCCACAAGCAGACACCAAACACAGAGAUUAGUCCCUUCCUUUAGGAAGGACUAAACCACCACGUUUGGGCAGCUGGGAGAGCAUCGUGCGGCCCAGGCAAAGCCCAAGGCAAGCACAGAGCCCCUGGGCUGCACGGGGCUGCCAGGACACUGCAGCUCCAGCCCCCUCCCCAAGCUCCCCAGGUCCACCCAGAGACCCCCGAGUCACCGGGGCGUGGGAGAGGAGCUCAGAGCCUCACGCAGAGGGAAGCAGGACAGCGAUGCAGAGCUGGUUUUAUGCUGGUUUGGUUUUUUUUUUCACCUGAUUUUCCCUCACCCCCCGGGCAGAGGCAGCUGGGGGGGGGCUGAGGACAGCAGGGUCCUCUGCAGUGUCCCCAGGCCUGGAUCCCCCACAGGCUGAGCACACGGACCCUCCAUGGAUCAAAACACCCAGAUCCCAGCAGGAGCACCCAGCCACAGACCCUGAGCAGCCACAGCCUCACCUUCUGCCUGAGCUGGGCUCAAUUCCUCGAGCUUCCACCCAAAUGCCAGCUCUGGCUGCAGAGCCUCCCCUGAGCAGCCCACCCCAAAGCUCUCCUUGUCAAACACCAACCAGAAGCACAAAAAGUCACCAACAGACCAGGGAUUAAAGGCACAGCAUUAAACAUGAAAGCCAGACACUCCCUGGGGAAGGAGAAGCCUCAGCCCCACCCAGUGAAGGGUCCCCUGCUCUGCCAGGGCCAUCCUGCAGCUGCUGCUCCCCCAGAGCCCCCUCCAGCCCAGCCCAGCCAAACCUGGAGCCUCGUUCAGCACACCCGGGGUCAGUCUGCAGUGGCAGUGGUGUCACCCAGAAUUUGGAAGGAGCCAGGGGUGGCCCUGUGACCUCCCAGCACAGGCCGAAUCAGAAACCCAGAUGGUUUCCCUGGAGUUCUGCCCAGGAGCUCGAGGAAGGAGCUGCCCCCUGCCCGCCCUGUCACUCGUGCCUGAAUUUGUGACAGGCUUUAGCAGACUGUCCCCACGGCCAGAGAAGGCGCUGGUUUGUGUGGAGUGAGGAAUGAGCUGAUCCCUGCUGGCUGUGGCUCUGUCCCACCCUGCUCCCUCAGGCCGUGGCAGAGCAGGGUCCGUGUCCGUGCAGGGAGGGGACACGGCUGUCCCUGUGUCCCCUGUCCCCUGGCACAGCCAGGCACGAGCCAGGGCUCCCUCUGCCCCUGGCCUGGAGCAGCCCUGGACCAGAGGAGCAGCUUCCUCUGCUCAGACAAAGCCUGCUGUGACCCCUGAGGGGUCCCGGGAGAGGCGGCUCCUGUGCAGGGCUGGGAGCUGCAGCUGCUGCACCUUUGGCUGCUAAAACCCGCAGCAAAGGCUUUUCAGGGCAGUGCCCUGCCAGUGCCUGGCCCCAGCACCGCCAGGACCAGCCCCAGGCCUGCCCCGACGGCCCCAGGGGAGCAGGGUUUGGCACUUCCUCCCGUGCCCCACCCCAGACCCCAACAGCAGAGGCACAACAGGCUGGGCAGUGUCCUCCCACCCAGAGCAGCUCCAAGACAGGAAAGAACACGAGUUGUACAACAGAUUUAUGCAAAAUUGAGGUUAAACAGCCCACAGGGGCCUGACCUGAGCAGCCCUCCCCACCCCCAGGAAAGCAUCCUUCUUCCUCUUCAGGCUGGCAUCUCACACAGCCACAGCAGACCUCCCAGAGCACCUUCUGCU